CUAGCUCGCGAGGAGCAGUGGAAGGGAGCACUGCCCCUGGGAGGGAUUUGUGUACGAUAUACUACGGAUGUCUACAUUGAAUCGAGUAGUAUGGAAGCUUCAACAUUUGCGGCCUAAGCCUCGGUGAUUCUUGACGAUUAUAUCUCAAUAACGCGUACGUGUGCGGUUCAUGGGCUAUGAGAGCCCCAUCCAAGAGCAGGGUUGACGACUUCGAGAUGGUGACACAAAGGAGGGGGAUAUGCAUGCCAAGAGCGCCUAUCGUACGUGUACGUGUGUCCAGCCUUAUGCAAGAGGAACCAUCGCAUCGCAACUCAGUCCGUAUUCUCGCCGCUUCAUCUGCCGCUAUGAUAGUUCGACAUGGGGAAGCGAAGAAACCGAAGGCGUAAAGCCAGAGAGCAAUCCCACGAGCCGCCAAAGGAAAACGACCAGGAUUCUCUCCAUACACAUCUCGCCGAUGCAAUCAGCCUGCUAGCCUUGCUCAAUCCACCUCUCCCGCACGCGCACCCGGCCGAAGAAAACCCCAAUAGCGACAACCGCCCAGAUGCAGACUGCGCAGCGGGUAACUUCAAUAUCCCAACGGAGGAGGACGGCAGCAGUCCGCCUGCUUCCGAAGAGCCCGAAAACGAAGAUGACGAAGAAGUCGAUCUAGAAGAUCUAAACACCUACGACCUCCCCCCAGAAUCCGCAGAAAAAGAAGCUCUUUCCCUGCUCCAAGACAAACUGCUCGACCGCCUCGCCGAGACUCUCGCGCGCUAUAAAUCUGAUCCUAAGAAAGCCGAUCCCAGGACCCGCGGGCUGGACGCGAAGCACGUGUGCGCUGCGAUGAUGCGCGUGCAUGCGGCGGAGGAAAGGGCUGAGAUUGUGUGCGCGAAGAACGAGGGGCUUGAUGCGGUGGAUCGGGUGUUUUUGGAGGGUUGGAAGAGAGCGGUGGAGGGGAUUGCGCGGAGUGGCGGGACGGACGGGGGGCAGAGGGAGGGGAUGGAGAGAUUGGUGAGGGAGCAUCAGAGGCCGAGGAUUGAGGCGUAUGUGGGGAGGCUGAGGGAGGCGUUUCGGAUGCAGGGUGUGGAGAGGGCUGAACGACGUCCUCCAAGAGCGGCAUCGCUGUGCAAGGUCGAGCUGGAUAGGGUGCCAGUAUCUGGGACCCUCGAGUGGGAAGACGACCAUGGGCUGCGGUACACGAUUGUCCGGGGCCCAGUCGAGAACAUGGAGCAAUUUUCUAACGCUGCUCAUAGCGGAGAGACACUCCAGGGCAUCAGUGCCGACAUCGCCGCUCUCGAGACUGACCUCCGAGCGCUGUGUGCGGAUCCGGUCGCAGAAGAGCUGGCGUCGUCUGCGGCUUUGGCAAGGCUGAUGUCGAGCACGUAUCGCCUCUGGAGAGGGGUGAGGACGAGAUCCGCUUUCCGGACCUCCCUGAGCGGCAUGUUCCCGAUGCCGAAAGCGCGCGGUAUGGCAGAGAGGGCGCUGCUGUUCCUGUGUCGGAUCCAUUACAGUGUUGCUGUUUUCGUGGAAGCUGCUGAACGGAUUCCCGCGCUGAAGUCUAUCACUUGUAUUCCCGUACCCUGGAACAGAAUAUCGAUUCGCGCACCCGGACAGGUGGUGGAGCAGAUGAGCCCGUUGGAGGCGGCGGCGCGAUUACAAGUUCCGAUCUCAAGUCAUGACCUAAGAUUGGAGCUGGACACGCCUGAAAAGAGUGCACGGUACGACGUGCUACGAAGGGAACAGCGCCACGUGCAUGCCGAAAUCCAAGUGCUUUUCUUCCGGGAGACAGUCCUUGGAUUCGCGUCAGAUGGUUGGACGGAGCACCUGUAUAUCGGAUGCAGUAAGCUGUGCUGUUAUCUUUGCUGCUGUUUCCUCCUGGCUUGUCGACGCUUUCGAUUCCGGGGGACGCAUGGGGCGUUUAUGAAUCGAUGGGCUGUCCCGCCGACGAACACUGAGAAUUCGCCGCUUCACCUGGCCACGGAAAGGCUCUUCAUGUGCUUGAAGUUAGCGCUUCGAGAAUCGUUUUCCGGAAAUAAAACCGCGACGUCGAGCCCACAGCGGGCACAGUCAACAGCGGACUUGUCCACGGCAAAGGAGAUGCUUGAGGAAGAAGUUGCGAAGCUGGAGGAGUCGAUGCUUCCUUUACGGUACGGUGUUGUACUGUCCUGCUCUUUUCUAAAUGACUUCCACUAACAAGAGUAAAGCCAGACCAUGAUGAUGCAUACGGUAUUCGACGACGCGAUCUGCGUUAUGCCCGUCCCAGGCAAGCCCGAAUUCGCCAUGAUAAUGGGAGAAGGAGGGGGCAAAGCCA